AUGUCUGGACGCGGCAAGGGAGGUAAAGGACUUGGAAAGGGCGGUGCUAAGCGCCACAGAAAGGUGCUACGGGAUAACAUCCAAGGCAUCACUAAACCCGCCAUCCGUCGCCUUGCUCGGCGUGGCGGCGUUAAGCGUAUCUCGGGUCUCAUCUAUGAAGAGACUCGCGGAGUCCUUAAAGUCUUUUUGGAGAACGUGAUCCGGGACGCUGUCACUUACACGGAGCAUGCCAAGAGGAAGACUGUCACUGCUAUGGAUGUCGUGUAUGCGCUGAAACGCCAGGGCCGGCUGCGUCUUUACUCGUCUGCAGUCACACGCCCGCUUUUCUUUGUCAUGGCUCGUACUAAGCAAACUGCUCGGAAGUCUACUGGAGGAAAAGCACCUCGGAAACAGCUAGCUACCAAAGCAGCUCGUAAAAGUGCUCCUGCUACCGGUGGCGUGAAGAAGCCUCACCGCUACCGUCCCGGCACCGUGGCACUGCGAGAGAUCCGCCGCUACCAGAAAUCGACCGAGCUGCUGAUCCGGAAGCUGCCCUUCCAGCGGCUGGUGCGAGAGAUCGCGCAGGACUUCAAGACUGAUCUGCGCUUCCAGAGCUCGGCCGUGAUGGCUUUGCAGGAAGCCAGCGAAGCCUACCUCGUGGGGCUCUUUGAGGACACCAACUUGUGCGCCAUCCACGCCAAGCGGGUGACCAUUAUGCCCAAGGACAUCCAGCUGGCCCGCCGCAUCCGCGGGGAGAGAAAUGUACCACAGAUUAUGGAAUCCAACCAAGUUUAUCAACUGAGCCAGGACUUCAGACUGAUAUUAGUGGCUCCAAAGUGUGGCUUACAGUGUUUUAUACACAGGAAUAAGGAUGCGACGGAAAUUUUUGUAAUGGGGCCAGGCAGGAUGAAAGCAGCCGCCGCGAAGCGACAAGACACGACCCGUUCAGGCUCUGACCAAUUUAUGUUUGCGGCCAAUCAGAACGCGUCGUUUACUCUACCUCCUGAAGAUUGUUCUUCAAUCAUGUCUGGCCGCGGAAAGCAGGGAGGUAAAGCUCGUGCCAAGGCUAAGACUCGCUCCUCUCGAGCAGGUCUUCAGUUCCCCGUUGGCCGUGUGCAUCGUCUUCUUCGCAAAGGGAAUUAUUCUGAGCGGGUCGGAGCCGGAGCACCGGUUUAUCUGGCUGCCGUGCUGGAGUAUCUCACCGCUGAAAUCUUGGAGCUAGCUGGGAAUGCUGCCCGCGACAAUAAGAAAACGCGUAUCAUCCCGCGGCAUCUUCAGCUGGCCAUCCGCAACGAUGAGGAGCUCAACAAACUGCUGGGAAAAGUCACUAUCGCCCAGGGCGGAGUGCUCCCGAAUAUCCAGGCCGUGCUGCUGCCAAAGAAGACCGAGAGCCACCACAAAGCUAAGGGCAAAUUUAGUGUUUUGUUAGCUAUGGCUCGUACUAAGCAAACUGCUCGUAAGUCCACAGGAGGCAAGGCGCCCCGCAAACAGUUAGCUACUAAGGCAGCUCGGAAGAGCGCUCCUGCCACUGGCGGCGUGAAGAAGCCUCACCGCUACCGCCCCGGCACUGUGGCGCUCCGAGAAAUCCGCCGUUACCAGAAGUCCACCGAGCUGCUGAUCCGCAAGCUGCCCUUCCAGCGGCUGGUGCGUGAGAUCGCGCAGGACUUCAAGACGGACUUGCGCUUCCAGAGUUCGGCCGUGAUGGCCUUGCAGGAGGCCAGCGAAGCCUACCUCGUAGGGCUCUUUGAGGACACCAACCUGUGCGCUAUCCAUGCCAAGCGAGUCACUAUCAUGCCUAAAGACAUCCAGCUCGCUCGUCGCAUCCGUGGAGAGAGAGCUUAAACUAAAUGGAGUUUGAAUUUUUAUAAUUCGCAAACCAAAAGGCUCUUUUCAGAGCCACCUACAUUUUCGUUAAACAGCUGUAAUAUUGAAAACUCGGCGAAGUAAUUGGUCUUGGUCUGAAUGUGUUUCCUAUCUCUUGGUAACUGCUAGGCUCCGGGUGCACACGAUUCAUUGUUCUUUAAUGUAGAUGGCUCACUAUUUGUCAAACUAUUAAACUGAACAGUCUCAACAUUUCAUUUGUUUUGGGUAUUUUUAAAGUCCAAAAGACCCCAUUAAGCUAGGAGUCGUCUGUAUCUCGCGAGAGCUAACGGUCGAGCACUGGUACUCCAGGGGGGACGUUUCGCUAGCUAUG